UCUUUGAAGGGUAAAAUCAGAUCACCAAUUUGGACCAUCGAUCAAAAAGUUAGCUAGCUGCUUGGAGAGUGGUUUGCUAUUUAAAUCACACUUACAUUGCAUUGAACAACGUGACACGAAUAAUUACGAGAUCCUGUUGUUUAUUUAGCCAUGACAACUUGUUCUGCAAAAGAUGAUUUUCCACAAGUGCUUCCAUCAGUAUCCAACACUAUAACUUGUCGUAAAAUGAAGCGCUUUGAUAGCAUGUUAGAGGAUGAUUUUACUAAUAAUCAGCCUGACCCAACCCGCUCUCACUCUAUAAACUCACUAGCCACGGAAACAAAAGUUGCUGUUGAACAACAAAUGCAUACUAGUAUGCCGGCCACACCUUUAAAAGGAAUUAGCUUGAAUAUCGAGACUAUAUUAGAUGUUCCUGAUUCCACCACACAGAAUAAGCGAAUAAUGUCUUACUCUCAAACAUCAACGCCUAGAGGUGCAGUAUUUCCGGAGUCUCCACUUCCUAGCAAGAAUCCCAGAAUUAUCAAUAAGCUAAAGGAUACGAGGUUUGAUUCUUUUAAAACAUGGUCUGGUAGACUGGAGAGACAAUUAUCAGUUUUGCGUGGAAAGGAACAAGCCCCUAUUUCUCAACCAAGUCCUCACAUUGAAACUAUUCCUGUCGGUCGAUAUUUUGAUGCCCUCCAAGGCCCUGAAUUGGACACCUUAAGGGCUUCUGAGGAAAUUAUUCUUCCCGAAGACAGAAAAUGGCCAUUUCUUCUUCGUUUCCCUAUUUCUUCCUUCGGUAUCUGUCUAGGUGUUAGCAGUCAAGCUAUAAUGUGGAAGAACCUGGCCAGUUCUGCCUCCACAAAUUUCUUACACGUAAGCUUGAAAGCAAAUCUAGGCCUGUGGUGCAUAUCUGCUGUACUUAUGGUCAUGAUCUCUUUCGUCUAUGCUCUGAAAAUCAUCUUCUACUUUGAAGCUGUUCGUCGUGAGUACUACCAUCCAAUACGUGUUAACUUCUUCUUUGCUCCCUGGAUAGUACUUCUGUUCUUAGUACUUGGAGUUCCAUCAUCAGUAGUGACUACUCAAAACCUGCACACAUCUUUAUGGUACAUUCUUAUGACACCAAUCUUUUGUCUAGAGCUAAAGCUCUACGGACAAUGGAUGUCUGGAGGACAACGACGACUCUCUAAGGUAGCAAAUCCCUCGAAUCAUCUCUCAAUUGUUGGGAAUUUCGUGGGUGCAUUGCUUGGUGCAUCAAUGGGACUAACAGAAGGCCCAAUAUUCUUCUUUGCUGUUGGAUUGGCUCAUUACAUAGUCAUGUUUGUAACUCUAUACCAGAGACUUCCGACAAAUGAGACAUUGCCAAAGGAACUUCACCCAGUGUUCUUUCUGUUUGUUGCUGCACCUAGUGUCGCUUCUAUGGCAUGGGCAACCAUCCAAGGGUCUUUUGAUCAUGGAUCUCGUAUUGCUUAUUUCAUUGCCUUGUUCCUCUAUUUUUCAUUGGCUGUUCGCAUUAACUUCUUCCGAGGCUUCAAGUUUUCAUUGGCUUGGUGGGCCUACACUUUCCCUAUGACAGGAGCUGCUAUUGCCACCAUCAGGUACUCACUUGUAGUUACCAACCUGGUGACAAAGUGCCUAGCUAUCAUACUUUGUGGUCUUUCUACACUCACUGUAACAGCACUGCUUGUGACAACCAUCAUUCAUGCCUUUAUUCUGAGAGACAUAUUUCCCAAUGACAUCUCCAUUGCAAUCAGCGAAAGACCUCGCAAAUGGUACCUUGGAACAUCUGCUACCUCAGAUAAUAUUGAUCAAUACCUUAAGUAUGUAGAUUCUUCUCAAGCCACAGAUAUUGAGGCACAUCCAAACUCAAAGUGA